UCCUUGUAUGUCGAUUUGUGUGCGUAUGCUUGUGUCCUCAGUGGCUUUAGUUGGAUUUUUUUGGUUGGACAUUUUAAAGGAAGUUUUUGUUGCUUUUCCUUUGGUUCUUUAUAAAAUAAAUCCCUUUUUUGUUUGCAUUUUGGGUCCUUUCCCUUUUGUGAAAAGUGACAGUUUCAGUUAUUUAAAGGAACCGAUUAAACCCUAUUGACCCAUCUUUGAUUCACUAAAGAUGUUACCUGUCCAGCUCAUCCACAGGUGUGCCUGAUCCUCCUAACCCACAGUAGCAGCCGUAGUCAGCGUAAUCCAGAAUGGGCCAGCUGUCAGGUACAGUGCAGAGGAUCAUGGACCUGAACUGCCACACAGCUCGGUUACCCAGCACUGUGAAACACAACCCAACAUCACAUGAAAUCAAGAUCAGAUGAGGAAAACCCUCAGUUAUCCUCAACCAGGAGGCGGUUUGAUGAGUACUCACAUGCUGGGAGGCUGAUGAAGAGGAUGAGGAGGGAAAAGGUGAGACGCAUGGUGAAGGCGCUGGUGUCAGGCGUAAAGCUGAAGGGUUUUAUUGACCACUGACCUCAACAGGUGACCUUUUUCUGGCCAAUUGCCACAAGUCGUGCUAUCUCUAACCCUAUAGGUCAACUUAUGCAACAGGUAUGCACACAAACAUGUAUCACUCACACAUACAUGCACACAAACACCAAACAAACAUAUUCUGUAAAUGUACAUAAAAGCAUAAACUAAUGAUUUUCCCAUAAAUAUCUAAAUGGACAUUAAUUGGGACAAGUGUGAUGAUCCGAGUUUAAUUUCAGCGCCAUUCACCCGCCCUUAGACGUGAGCGGAGGGAAAGUCGUGGGAACUCUGGCAGGUUAUUUGCACAGCUGUGUGUUGUGUUGUAACUGAUUUAAAAUGCAAAGUCUAUCCACAAGCAAAAACAACCGAGUUCACAGCAAAGGAAACAGCAUUUAAACGUAUUUCAUCAGGGAAAUUUAAAGUAUAUUUGAGCAGAUUAAUAUGGUAGAACCUGUCUGUUUGGUGUAAAUGAGGCGACAAUAGGAGAUCAGACUGAAGUCACAACUUUCCUUUUUGUCUGUAGAAAGUAAUGAAAUUGUAAUCAAAUAAUGUGAUUUAAAAGAUUUAAAACUUUAACUUGACUGAGGAUUAAAAGUUUUCAAACAUCAGUCUAUUUUUUUGUAUUUUAUAGCUUUCAAACAAAAUUUGAUGCACCAAGUCUAGCAGAGAGAUGACAAGCAGCACCGCUAAAGACUGAGAAAACGAAUAAAUUAUCAUUCAGACCAAAAUCUAAUAUGACAUUUAAAAAUAUCACAUGAUACAACAUGAAUAUAACGUACAGUUGUAUGAUAUCCACACCAUACUGUACUGUCUAUGAUAAAUGAUGCAAUAUGAUUUAAAAAAUGAUAUAAAUGAUAAAACAAUAAAAAAUUAUAUAAGAUACAAUAUGACAUUUUAUGGUGAUAUGGCAGGAUAAAACGGUAUGAUACUGUCUUAUAACUCGCUACCAUAUCAUAGAAUUAGAUUUGCUAGAAUACAACACACUACACUAUAUGAUAAAACACUGUGCUGUACAAUAUCAUAUAUCAUGUAUGGAUGCAAUGUGAUAAAUACUGAUGAUAUGAUCCAUAAAAACUGUAUUAUAUGGUGAAUAACUUUCUAAGCACUCUGUCUUAUAGGAAAUGAUGAUGCAUUAUUAUACAAGGGGUGCAAAGCUAUAAUAGGACAUAUGAUAUGAUAUGAUGAGAUACAUUAGGAUGGUGUGAUGGUACAGUAAGUUAAUAUGAGAUAUAAGUAUUUCUUUGUUUUCCUUUUUUGGUAUCAUACUUUAAAAGAAAACUUAAAAAGUCACAUUUCAGGUAUUUUGUAAAACAUAAUUAGGUUUGCUCAUUUUCUCCUCUUUCUAUUCUAACUGGUUGUUUUUUCAUAAACAGUUCUUGCUUUUGUAUUUCAAAGCCUUAAAUAGGAUGAGGCAAACUCUCGACGCUCAGACAGAAACCUUCAAUUUCAGCUGCUACCCUCCACUUUCCGCCUUAUCUCUGUUGUUCUAUCGCCUCUUAUAGGAGCAGCAGAUUCAGUUUCUGCCUUUCUGACUGGAGCCAUGAAUCUCACAGGUCGUCUGUCCCUGCUGCUUCUCACCGGUAAGACUCAACGUUUACUACCCCAACUUUACUAUACUCUUAAAUCUGAUUUUAACUUGUUUAUGUGCUGAUAGUUAUAUUUACUAUUUUUAACUUGGAUGUUUUCUACCUUUUUUAAAAUAUCCCUCUGCCUCAUCAGCUUGUGUGGCGAGCGGCGCCCUGCUGCCAAAAGCCUUGUGGCAGUUUGGGAAAAUGAUCGAGUGUGCUCAGCCAGGUAUCAGCUCCCUGAAGUACAACAACUACGGCUGUUGGUGCGGCUUCGGAGGAACUGGAACCCCUCUGGAUGAAGUCGACGAGUAGGAAACUGAUUUUCUUUCAAAUCUGAUUUCACGGCUGUAAGUUUUGGGGAAAAAAAAGGACUUUCUGAAACAGGCAGCUUUGUGUUUUGUAGGUGCUGUCGAGUCCACGAUAAGUGCUAUGAGGCAAGCAGGAAGGCUCCUGGGUGCACGGCAAUCUCCGAUCUCCCUUAUGUCCUUGUUUAUGAUUUCACCUGCUCCAGUCAGGAGGUCACCUGCUCAGGUAAGACCAAACUAAUGAUUUUACUCUCACUGGUGAAUAUCCAAACCACGCUGCCUCGUACAUUGCCUCUUUUUAAACAUCUUUAUAUGGGUUUUGCAAAGUCAGUGGACAAAAAUGCUCUCUGAGAUGAAAGUGUGCUCUGUGUUUUGUCAUUAUGAGACUAAUCUCUUUAUUUCCUGCCUCCAUCUGUCUCUGCAGCCACUAACAACAGGUGCCAGGCCGCCGUGUGUGAGUGCGAUCGUGUGGCAGCUCACUGUUUCGCUCAGAAAACAUACAACCCUGAACACAAGAACGUGGAUCCCAAAGUCCACUGUGUCAACUGAGUUACACAACAAUCUAAAAAAGAGAGAAAAAACACAGGAGAGGAUGUUUCGAUUUCUAAUCCUUUUAAAACUUUAAUUUCUUCAUAAUUUUCUUCAACAAAACUGGAUUUUAAAUAGUUUGAUUUUAAAGUAAGAAGCAACGAUGUAAUAAAACUAAGGCAAGUGAGAUUGUUGAAUUUCAGUCGCUGUGUCCUUGCGUUUGUUUGCUCAUGCAGCAGAGCAGCAGCUGUGCUCGUCUCACCAGUUUUCCACUCACUGUCUCUGAAAACUGCAGCUCACUCGGCUUUGAACACAACAUGAACGCUUUCAUAGUCAUGUUUUCAGAGGCGCAAACUAAAAAUCUUAAAGGAGGUAAAAUAGAAAUAUCCUAAAAAUCCACCUGCUGUUACGUCAUUUAGAGUUUUCCUCUUAUUUAACUUUAAAAUGAAAUUCUACAUAAACAAACACUGUGUGUUCUUCUAAAAUAAGAGAAAGGUUUGAAAGAUUUCAGUUUACAAAUGAUUGAAUAAAAGCUAAACACAUCCAAAUAGCAGCUGUGAACGACAACAGAUGAAAAAAAACUUUCAAAAUAAGAGUCUGGAUGGUGGCUGUGAAGGUUAUAUCGGCUUGUAGAGAAGUGUUGUGACGUACUUCUUUUUGUAUCGGUGUGUCGCACUGAGAACCAUCACUCCAUCCUGAAAGACAAAGACAGGAUAAAAUUAAACAAACAGAACUUCUCUUUAUGCAGAUCUCCUUUUUUAUACGAUGAGGUGUGUUACCUUGAUGGAGAGAGCAUACAGGUGAUUGAGCAUCACAUGGUUUGGCUCUGGGAGCAGCGUGGGGUCACACUGUGAGGAUUUAAAGAGAGAUGAUUAACGUCACUUAGUUGUACGCCAUUAAAACGGUUACUUUAGGGGGCGUGGCUUCACUUACAGAGACACCUGUGUCCUUAUUGAGCAGCACCUGCAGCAGGUGUGGAGGUAGGAUGGGAGGAUUUUUGAUCUUGUCCUCCGGUUUAAUGACGUAAGCGUCCUGUUGGUACGGGCCGGGAGGGGAACUGGACAGAUCUAAGAGACGUCACAUUAGCAGGUGAUAUGAUUCAAUUAUUUAGACAGUGUUACAAGCACAAAACAGUCAUCAAUAUCUUCCUUAAGUUUUAUUUAAGGUAGAUUUAAGCAUUUAAAUACCAAAUAGUUAUGCCUGUGUAUUACCUGAGAUGUCUGCAGAAUCCUGUGAGUCAAUCCUGAGGGCAUCAAAAACCUCAAAGUCAGUCCUCUUCACGUUGAUGACGUUGUUUAUGGUUCCAGUUUUAGCCGUCAUCACAGCCUAAGAGAGAGCACAGAGUUAGAGUCUGUAAGAGUACGGCACAUAUUUGUAAAAACAGUAAAAGUUUGUAGUUUUCUAAAUUUGUAAAUCCUUGACUAACCCCUGUAGGAUCCAGCGUCCACAGACCAUCCACACAGAACUUGUACUGGUGCUCUCCUUCUGGCAAAUCCACGAUCGCCACGAAGUUUUUCUGACUGCGGUUCAGAGAAAUCUUAUUUUUAUCAACACACUCUCUGAUUAAAGCUCCUACAGUCUCAUGUUUAGUAUUCUGCGUGUGUCUCACUACCUUCUGUUGAGGGGGAUCUUGGUUGCCCAGUUGUUGAAAGACCCGGACACAAACACUUCUUUCGCCGCCCCCGCCCACCUGAACACAGUGGGUCUGCCCUGCGUCGGGCUCUUGCUGUCGCUCUCCAGGUCCUGCUGCCAGGCCAGAAACUCCUGUAUUUCCUGUGGAGCCUGGAGGGACACAGUGAUAUCAAUGUUGUUGCCGUGUUAAUAAGAACACACUCCGCUUCGGUCUCUGUUACCCAGGGCAACACUUCCUGAGCGAGAGGCCAGCCAGGAGUGUGGACCGUUUCAAGGCUUCAUGAGAGGGUAUGAGCAGAGUUUUCUUCUUUCACAGACAAAAUGCAUGAGCUCCUCGGAUGUUAACUGGUUUUAUUAUAAUGUUUUAAGCUUUUCUGUGCAUUAGGUAAAAGCACAACCCCACCUGUAAAUAAAAGUGGUCAAUAUACCCUUAA